AUGCUUGCAGUUUUUUGUCUAUUAACUCAGGCAAAGCAAUAUGGUAUAAUCCAUCAUCCUAAGCAAGCCAGUAAUCAGCAUCCAUAUCUUGUCACUGGUGGAAAUACGCCUUUCAUCCUUCAUGACAGAAGAGUUGGAAAUCUUGAAAGAGAUUAUUCUACAACUGAUCUAAAUUCUAUUGUCGAUCAAGUAUCUAACGAAUUCGGUCUUGAAAGAGAUAGAGUUCAAAAUUACUUUAGUCGUUCAAAAUGGGCAUCAUAUGCCAAACAACUCUUCAACAGAUUAGAUUUCAGUUUCGAUACAAAUGGAUACAAAGUUAUAACUUUGGGUGGAACUGUUAUUAAAAUUACCAAGUCAAAUGGCGUUUAUAAUGUUAAUUGCCGCAAAGCUGAUGUUACUUCAAAGCUCCUCCGUGCUGACUGUCAAUUACGUAUGCAACAUCUUGAUUGGCGAUUUGAAUAUUGUUUGGCAAGAGUUAAUGUUCCUCUAAAUGGUCAAGAAAUCGCCCAAGUAUAUGAGAAGUUGAAUCACGAAAUCGAAGGUACCCUCAAUGCUUAUAAAAAUAUUUAA